AACCAUCUUAAGCUGGUCAUUGGUCAAUGCACUGCCUGGGCUGAAAUAAGGAGAAUAAGAAGGGGGCUAUAUUUCCAUCAAUUCUUGAAGAGACAGCUGGACAUAAAGACAGACAUGAUGGAGAAAAAAACGAUUGUGUUUUCUGUGCUACUGCUGCUGCUGGGGUGCACAUGGACCAUCCAGGCAGACGUUGAUGAGGUGGAGAAACCUGUGAAUCGGACUAUGGAUCCUGCACACGUGGAAGACUUCGAUCCUGUUUCAAAGGUCUGUAAAAAAGCACCAGAAACAGGUCCUUGUGAGGCAUACAUGGAAAGGUACUUCUUCAACCCCUCCUCAAUGACCUGUGAGAUCUUCUUCUAUGGCGGGUGUCUGGGCAACCGGAACAACUUUGAAGAUAAGGCCAAGUGUAUGUCACACUGCAGAAGAUGAGGAUGACACAAAAAUUGGGUCUGAUUAAUUGUCCCAUGUUGCUUUGAAAACACACACCAAUUUAGACGACAGCUGCCAAGUGUUAAACACUGUGAAUGUUAUCUGUCUCAGCUUUUGGACUGUCUGUAUCACGAUAUUAAAGUUGAACAUUUUA